GUGAUGUGGUUAGGUAAUCAGGUGUGGAAGGAAUCCGCAUUCCGAUAUGGACCACCUAUGUAGCAGUACUCAUACAAAAGUUCACCCCGUAAAUGGUGCUGUUUAUUGGUCCACUUUCAAGGCGCAUUCAAAACCACCAGCUGCCACUUCUAUGCCAAAUCCCAUAUCGACCGCCACCCCAUGCUGAUAUCAAUGCAGAUAAAUCCAGCUUAUAGCUCCAAAAAUGCCGGACGAUUUGUCCAUGAUCUCCCCACCCAACGCUGCGUCUCGAUCGGUGUUUCCGAAAGGCCCCAGCUUCACCCUUGAGGACUUCUCAAGUCGCGACUUCAUCGUCAAAGAGUUUAUUGAGGCGCUUUCUGAUUCUGCCAUUUCAAAUCGUCGUUCUACACUCAACCCCGCAACUGGGAACCAACCGUUUGACCCCAAACCACUUAUUCGGACACUAGAGCACGCACAACGACGACUGGGCGAAAUUUCCGGCGACCUGGAAAUUAAAGAAAACGAAUUAUCGGCCGCAGUCCGCAGGGCAGAGGCACAGCACUCCCAGAAUCUUAACACAUUGGGCAAAAAGUUAAAACAAACCAUCGAAUCGUUCCAGCAGCUCGACACAUCGCUCAAUGGAGCAGGACUCCCCGGUGCAGAACUUACCGGGGCCACCGGAAAUAUGGCAGUGGAGACUGGAAAAAGAUUAGAGGAGUUAGAUCGUCAAAGACGCCGGGCGCUUGACGCCCGCUUUUUGCUCGAGUGCUGGGAUGGGGUCAGCAAUAGAGGCGAGAUAACGCUCCUGGAGAAUUUAAGAAGAUCCGGAACAGGUGAAGCUAAGGUACGAUCUGCACAGAUUGCGCGGCAAUUACUACGAAUCAGUCAGAGACUUGAUACCGAGAGCUGGAAUGAUUCAAGUAUAAGAAAUACUGGGUCCCCUGGGAAUGGAACCAUACCUGCAGACGACUACGCAAAUGCAAGAGGCAAUGGCGUUAGACGAAAUACCCGUGAGGUUAUUGAGAAGUUCUCGGAGACUUUGGAAAAUGACCUUUUGAAGCAAUUUGACGACUUCUACCGCAAGGCAAACUUUGAAGGUAUGAAGGACUGCGCAAAUGUACUUCAGGAUUUCAACGGUGGUGCAAGCGUCAUCGCUUUGUUUGUCAAUCAGCACCAAUUCUUCAUUGAUCGGAGCCAGUUAGUUACAGAAGAAGUAGGGGGUGAUUUGGAAACCUGGGAAAUGCUCGCAGACCCUGAUGCCGAACCGCUGAAAGUUGAACCCAGUCUUCAAUCACUGAUCGACGAAGUCAAGGUUGUAGUGCAAGAGGAAUCGGCUAUUAUCAGGCGGGCUUUUCCGUACUAUGAACAGGUGCUCGGGAAGUUUUUACAACGUGUGUUCCAACAAUCUAUCCAACAAAGACUGGAAAUGGUCUUGGAGAAAGCGAACAGCGUCUCAUCACUCGCAUUUUUGCGGUCCCUGCAGAGCUCCCGCAGUUAUAUCAGUGCUCUAGUUGAUGAUUUGAAAAGCCAUGGGCUGACCGAGCACCCGGAUCCAAUCUCUUCGCAGACAGCUCUAGUCCUCGACCAGCAGCUGGAGGAUCUAUUUGUGCCGUAUUUUGUUGGGUCGUCAUACAUAGAGAGGGAAAAGAGGACACUGGAAGAGCUAUAUACGUCUUUGCUGUUCAAAUUCACGACCUUCCAUGCCCGCAGGAAAAAAGCGGCGACAACCUUCAUGGCAUCUCUGUCGAAGUCUGGCACUGAAAUGCUCUCUUCAGCACGUGAUGCAUAUCUAAGUCGUCUGGAGUCUUCGGAAUUUCCCCCAACCCAAAGACGAAUGCUACUUCAAGUGGCAGGGCUGAGAGAAUCUAGCGACUUGACGAAGCCUACUGACAUAAAACUUACCGAAGAAGAUGGCAUUCCCAGCAUAUCUUCUGCAAAACGAAUGCUCAAGUGGCUUGCCGAAGCAGUUGGCAGGGGUUUAGAGCUUAGCAUGAACAGUGAAACACCCAAGGAUAUGCUUGCACUGUUGAGUCUUCUUCUCUCAGUGAUGGGUGAAGGGUUCAUUGAGGUGUCCUUGGAUGCCGCUCUGGAAGCAGCAACGUCACAAGAGUCCGGCAGAUUGGAACCUGACUUUGCAUACCUACCAGGUAUUCGGAAUGCCAUUGGAAUUGCGAAUUUGAUGGUGAUGUGCAUUAACACCUUGCUUAUUCCUCUCGCCGCUGGUAGUAUCACGGUACGUCGAGAAAUGGAAAAGAAGACCAACCUUAUUACCAUGCGUGUAGAAGAGAAAAUCAAUACACUAGAGCAGAAGGUCAUUGACGCGACACUAACUUGGAUUGGCAAACUUUUGUCUGGCCAAAAAAAGAAUGAUUUUCGACCUAAGGAGGGGGAUAACACGGCUUGGUUGGAAAGAUUACAAACGCCAACAUGUGCUUCGAUCUGCACAUUUUUGACCCGUGUGCAUAAUGUUGUGAAGACAUCAUUGCCAUCCAGUGGUUCCAAUCUUCGCCAGCUGCUUACAGAAAUUGUUAUUGGAACACGCAGUCUCCUUCUGGAUCACUUCAAAAGGUUCGUUGUCAAUGGGCCUGGCGGACUUAUGGUCACCAAGGAUAUGACGCAAUAUACAAAUCUUCUCAAAUCCUGGGACAUAGAAGAACAGGUCAAAGGACCGAGCGGUACGCUGGACGUUCUGCUGGAAGUUGGCAACCUCUUUGUUAUUGGCUCUGAAGCUUUGCGUGAGAGAAUCCGCGGUGGUACAGCAAGUAAUAGUACUAGCGGGACAGCCGGAAAUGAUACCGGAGCAAGCUCUGGGCAGAGCCUUGGGGGUUCUGGCCAGACUGAGACCGGCCUUAGCGUACAAGAUGUUAGGGCUUAUGUUUCUCGGAGGGAAGAUUCUAACACAGCUGCCUUACAGAGUGUACUUAACAUUUUGUGAUAGAAGUUAUUUUGUGUGAAGCUUGUGGCUAAUUCUCAAUGCAGUCAGGGGUAAUGUGUGAUCGGGAUCAUGUAUGCACUCAAGGGGUACAGAGUACAUUGUUUCGAGAUACCUCGAUGACCCUAGUCAUACAUCCAUGGCUGUUUGGUCUUGGUGUUGUCUCCGGAAAAGGGGCAAUGACUAUCUAGACAAGGGCAAGUUUAAUGGAAGAGAUGAUGUGAUGGUAGCCCAAAUCAGUUCACACCGUCUGAGCUGCAUGUACCAUCCUUUCUUUACAUAGUGACUAAGUGCUACUGUAAAGGGGGAAUCA